AUGUUGUCAAGGGACAAGCCCGUUAGAGAAGCAUUCUGCCGCUGGAUGCUAAACAAAGUUUUUGAUAACCCAAACUUCCUGUACAAUGUGGUGUGGACGGACGAGAGUACAUUCACAAGGAAUGGUUUAUGGAACCGUCAAAACCUUCGUUAUUGGAAACACGUGAAUCCACAUCUAGCACGGGAGACGUCCCACCAAUACAGGAUUACGGUAAAUGUAUGGGCGGGCAUACAUAGAAAAACCAUAAUUGGUCCUAUUUUUAUUGACGGCAGUUUAAAUUCUGAUAAGUUUCUGGAACUCCUAAACGGACCAGUUGAUGAUUAUAUUGACGAGCUUAGUCUAGAUGCUUACAGCCAGAUGUGGUAUCAGCUAGACGGAGCACCUGCUCAUUCAGUUGUGUCUGCCAGGGAACGUUUAUCGGAAAUGUUCGGACAGCAGUGGAUUGGCCAUCAUGGACCAUCAAGGUGGCCAGCGAGAUCACCAGAUCUCACGCCGAUGGAUUUCUUUUUGUGGGGUUUUAUAAAAAACGAUGUGUACUCAACAGAAAAAAUGGAAACAAUGACUUCAGCAGAACGUCAACGGAAGUACAGCGAGAAAUUAAAAGAAGAAGAUUCUGCAAAACUUGAGAAGUUGAAAAAAGAAAAUGCUGAAAGAACAUAG